GCGUUUUCUAUAUUGUUUUUUAACUUCCCCUCAGGUUAUUACUUGGCUUCAGUGAAUUUCCUUUCCCUCCCCUUAAAGACUGUUUCCACUUUAUUUGUUUGAUUAUUUUUGGCGAUACUAUUGGAUUGUUUAUGUCUGCAACCUUCAGUGCCCACUCCUUUCCCUCCCUGAUGUAGGUCACGCCGUUAUCAGAUGUGUUUCUAAUGCUAGCAAUGGAUCAGUCCUGGUUGGUGCUGGCGUCCAAAAAAUCGCUGACCUUGGCAGGUUUCCCGACUUUUGAGAUUUCUCCUCUCUUCCUCUAGCUUGGCUCGACAGGUCCAGAAGAAUUUGAGAUUGAUGGCAACGUUUUGUUGGCGCUAAGCAGACACUGCGGUCUUUUUAACAGUAGAAAAAAUUAUCUUAAUUUCUACCCCUAACAUUAUAUUUUCGUUUUGAAUUUCCUGAUGUCACUUUCCUCGCUCCUCUUUCAACACCAAAUCUGUAUGUGGCGGUGAACAAGGAUACUUUUAGUUAUAGACUGGUGGGCGAUGAGGGCGGGAGGGAUUUCUGUUGUCUGACACCGCAUGCCGCUGUGGCGUGAUCAGAAUAUUCAGGGGCCGCCCUCUCAGAACUGCUCCAGCUCGGGAGGAGGCCACUCGGGCCAUCGUCCCUGCACUCGCCUCGCAGUAAACGUUGAGGCAGAGAGAAGAAACUCACUCCACACCGCAAUUUCCUUCAGAGACUUGGUCUAAAGGAAGAAAAGGGGUGCGGGGAAGGACAGGGUGAAGUCCGCACGUGAAUCUCUUCUGCAUUCUUUCCAGAAACAACACUUAGCAGCUACUCCGUACCUGCUGUCCAGUAGAAAGAUUCUUCAGGGAAUGGGGAGGGGGUAGUGCGUGGGAAGAGGGGACAAAAGGCGGACAGAAAAGCAUUUCAAACUGCCACAUAUCCUAGCUCAGCAGCUUGUUAACAAGUUUCGCCCGUGGUCUGACCCUGUAAAAUUUCUCAGCUAUCCAACCGACCCCUCACCCCAACCCGGCAGUCUUCCUCCUCCCCUGAAGUGGGGGGACUGAAAAUUACAGACUCUCGAGCUACGGGACUGUUUCGCUGCAGAUUUCCUUCCUCCCUCCUUCCUGCUCACUGUUCAAUUAAGAUCGGAAAACUUUAGACGGCCGUCAACAAACUAAAACUGCGGAGAGUUCAGUGAACGGUGAUUCACAAAGAGAACAUAUAGUUCAACAUAUAGUUACAAAUAUUACUAUUGACUUUGUCAGAGGUUUUAGACUUUUGUUAUCCUGCCUUGGAGUUUGAACAGGUGCACUUUUGUGGAAAAAAUAAAUUACUAGAUGUAUUUUGUUAAUAAUUAAACCUCUUUUAGGUAAAAGUGCACAAACCUGUUGAAAUGUUACUUUUCCAACACCACUGUGGAUUUGAUGACGAACUGGAUAGAGAAUGUUGGAAACUGGUUAAAGUCCAUUGUAAACUAAGGAGUGAAAGUAACCCCAGUAAAGAAGGCAGCAGCUUUCAAAGUGAAUGGAGUAGUUUAAUUCGAAUUUACAGUGAAGUACUGUUAAACGGGUUACAGCAAUUAAAAAGGGUACCAAAUGCAACAAGAUCGAUUUCAAGGUAUUUACUCUCCCGAUGAAUUCCAUCCAUUUAUUGAAGCACUUCUUCCACAUGUUCGUGCAAUUGCAUAUACAUGGUUUAAUUUACAAGCCCGAAAACGCAAAUACUUCAAGAAACACGAGAAACGAAUGUCGAAGGAUGAAGAAAGAGCAGUGAAAGAUGAGCUGCUGAGUGAGAAGCCAGAAAUCAAGCAAAAGUGGGCAUCAAGGUUACUUGCGAAACUUCGCAAGGACAUCCGGCAGGAGUACCGGGAGGAUUUUGUGCUCACUGUUACAGGCAAGAAGCAUUCUUGCUGUGUCCUGUCCAACCCUGAUCAGAAAGGCAAGAUGCGAAGAAUCGAUUGUCUACGGCAAGCUGACAAGGUGUGGCGGUUGGAUCUAGUAAUGGUGAUCCUGUUUAAAGGCAUCCCAUUGGAAAGUACUGAUGGGGAACGUCUUGUAAAAUCCUCACAGUGCGCCAAUCCACUACUCUGUGUCCAGCCCCAUCACAUAACUGUAUCGGUGAAAGAGCUUGAUCUGUUUUUGGCUUACUACGCUCAGGAACAAGGUGAUGAUUGUAGUUUGCAAUCAUACCACCUUGAUAGAAACAGAGCAGUGUCAGAGAUCAGUGCUCAAGAAUCUGGUCAUGCAGAUAGUCCCAGCCGCAGUGAAUCUACGAAAAUUACUCCAGCAUAUCUAGAAGACAGCUUUGUAAAGUCCGGAGUCUUCAGCAUUGGAGAGCUUGUGCGAGUUUCACGAACGGCUAUAACUCAAGGAACUGGGAUUAGUUACAACCUUGCAGAAAUUCAAAGCCAACCAUUCUACCACGACAUAAACUCUGGACUACAGAGAUCAUUGUCCUCUCCACCAGGCAGCAAACGUCCUAAGACGAUCCCUAUUGAUGACAGCAUAGACACCAGUCCAACAGAAUUCUAUCCUUCUCCCAGCUCACCAACCAGCGUCAGCCGGACAUGGCAUGAAAGAGACCAAGAAAUGGCCUCUCCUACAAUGAAGAAACAUGAGAAACCAAUGUAUAGUGGGCCUACAUCUCCGCAAGGUUCAUCACCAAGACUCAGCACUUUCCCACAACAUCAUCACCCUGGAAUCCCAGGACACAGCGUCAUCUCAACAAGAAGCCCACCUCCUCCUUCACCUCUACAUUUUUCAGCAUCCCCCAUUCUUCCUCCUGCUCCCAGUAGUUACUUCUCACACCCAACAAUCAGAUACCCACCACAUCUUACCCCUCAGGAUUCGGCAAAGAACUUUGUACAACUCGGCUGUGGUCCAUCCAAUCCACAAACAAGCCAGCCCAAUAGUAGUGGUCAAGUAGUGGGCAAAGUGCCUGGUCAUUUUACUUCAGUACUGGCUCCCUCACCUCAUCAUGGCAUGUCCAGACCGGUGACACUUGCCAUGUCUUCAGACACUAAACCCAUCACUACAUCAAGCGAAGGUGAGGCAACAUCAUCUUCAUCAUCCACCUACACGGGCUCAGGUACGUCCCCGGCCAAUCGUCAAUUUGUUGGACUUAGCUCCAGGGACCCAGCCUUCCUCCACCAGCAGCAGCUGAGGAUUUGUGACUGGACCAUGAAUCAAAACGGCAGGCAUUUAUACCCCAGUGCCAGUGACGAUACUUUGGGAAUUGCUUGGCAAAGUCCUGGUACUUGGGCUAGCUUGGUCCCAUUCCAAGUGUCAAAUGGAACUACCAUCCUGCCAACGAAUGUUCAGAAUUACAGUUUAAACUUCAUCAGUGAACCCUUCCUCCAAGCAGAGACAACAAACUGAAGGCAAUGAAGAUCAAAUGUCAUCUCUGGAUCAAGAAAAAAAGUUUUCAGAAACACAGAAGUGUGAUUGCUGCACUCACAAUCACCAAAUUCUUGCAAGCUUAAAAUCUGCGUAAAUGGUAUUUCAUCAGUAAUACGGUGAGGGUGAUUUUCAUACUUGGAUAACAGAUCAUGCCAAGCGCUGGCCUUUAUUGAACACUGGGAUCCAUUGGGGACAAUUGUUUUAAUUUCCAAAUCUGACAACCUUAAUACUCUUAUUAGCUUUUAGAUGUUUAAGACUUUUGCAUGUUUAGGUAAUUUUGGUGGUGGGGUGGUGGUUGGGGGUGCUCAGGUUUUUUUUUUCACUCAGUCCAGGAGUAGUAAAACUACAGCCCAGUCUUUUUGAUUGAUAAGGUUUUACUUGUAUGAUAAAGGCUGGAUAAAGAAUGUACAUGUAAUUAUGUGUUUUCUACAAACUGUUGUCUGAGGGUACAAAAAGCCCACAAAGCACACAAUUAGACUAUGCACACUAUACUACUGCAGAAAACAACACAAAAAGAUGUAGAUGGAGUUUUACUGAAUUUAUAUUUAACAAUUGGCUGGCAAAAUUGCAUUUUGUCACUAAAUCUACUUUCCCUUCACUUUUAGUAUUUAGUAUGCGGAUCUGAACAGAUCCUAUUUGAUAAAAGAUAAGCAUUUGGAAAAGCAGUAAUAGUCCCUCACAGUUUCAGAUGCUUUAAAAUUAACUUAAUACAAGAAUGAAGCUAACUGAUGUUUUUUUUUUGCCCUUAAAAUGACAGUAAUUGUAUGAAAAAGCUCUUAAGAGGCAAGUGCAAUUUAUCAUAUCUGAUUGAGGGGUUUAAUAUAAGUCCUUGUGCCCUAGGACUCUAAAUUGAUGGGAUGUAAAGUAACGUUUAAAUAAGCCUGAAAAAUUUUUUGCCCUGCCCCCACCCCCCUUGAGGAUGUGUAUAAAUUAAGGGGGAUAAAUGAAUAAUAGACACAUGCUUGCUUAGGAAGGUAAUUAAACACAAUUGAAAGUACUGCACUUGAUUCCUUAUACUCCAUUAGCUCUGUGGAGUUUAAAAAUAUAUAAUAUAUAUGUAUCAGGAAAUGAAAGCAUGGCAUAAUCAGUUUCCAAGAUGUUGAUGUGAAAGUGUCACACAGAACGUGUUGGUGAGCAGCAUCGCAGUUUACAAAUCAAUGGCGAUAGGGAUGCAGCAUCUAAGUUUCUCGCACUCUACUGAAUAAAAACUAUUUUUAACCACAGUGUGCCGAAUAAUGCAUGGUGCUUUUCUUGCACAGUUAGCCUUGCUAUCCACCUGACAGUGCUAGUGGCAGGACUCCAGUGUGCAUGUCAAGUCAGUUUUGGCCCUUCUGUUUCUCUGUAACUCUAAUAGAUCUUAUCCUUGAUUUGUACGAAGUUAUAUAGUCCACAUUACGUGCCUUGCCUUUGAAAUAAAACAGUGAGAUCACUGCACACGUUUGCUGCAUAUAUUAUAGCUCAUCUUAUGAAAAAUACCAUUUGUACGAAAGAAAUUAUUUUGUACUCCAGAGGACAGUGUGACAUCACUAACUGCCGAUAUUCAAAUACUUUGACUUUGUUAACUCAUUUAUAAAGCAUAUCAUGGCUGUGUAUAGUUGGUGCUUAAAAUUUUUAAUCAGCCAGUAAUAUUUUUUCAGUAUUUUUGGCAAGUUUUUUCUAUUAAUCUUUCAUGUUUCUCAUCUUUCAAUUACUCAUGUGGGGUUUUUUGAACUUUUAAGAAUUAUGCAAUACGAAUUUUUGUCUAAAUAGGUAAAGCUUUUAACUGUAUUGAGUAUCACAAGUUAGUAUGCAGAUUAGCUGAUGUAAGCUUUUUUUUUCCAUUUAAAUUGACCAAAGUUGAUGCUGCUUUCUAUGCAGUAUGGUAGGUCUUUACAAGAUGGUUAAGGGAGACGUUUUGGGGAGGGCACAGCUGUGAAGCAUAAUGCCAUUUUCCAAACACAGGCUGCAAAGUAACUGUUCUGUCAACUGUGAUAAUCUCUCAGCUUGGUCCUACUUUCGACUUUCCACCUGGGGUGCAAAUAUGAAUUCAUUGAUUUACAAAAAUAUUAAAAUGUAGUGAUUUUCAUUGGACACAGGCUUGACUUGAGCUUCAAUAUUUAUUGAACAGCUAGGAUUUUCUCUUGUGAAAAUUCACUUUGGCAGAGCUCCAUCUUCCUGCUGGCCCCAAAAAACCAGAAGCAGAACUGUGGAUCUUAAACCACCUUUUCACUGCCCAGCAUGAGCAACUCUCAAGGCUAUUUCUCCUCUUUGCCCUGAGAGCGGAACCACCAAAUUCAGGCAGGAACUUUUCAGAAGUGGUUUAAAGAUGAAUCGUUCUUUCUUUUACUUAUGGCAGGCUGCUCAAUUUUUUUUUAAAUCGCCUUCAGUUUCCACUCGGGCAUUCUAAUUUGGCUUCUUACGGAGAUUGCCUUUUAUUUUAUCAUCAUUACUUUUAGGUAAGUGUCACAUUAACCACAGACCUAACCACCAAAAGCUGCAAAAAUCCAGUAUGAGUUGUAAAUUUGAUGUGAUUCAAAUAUAAUUUUAAAUACAGAGAAAUCUGAAGAAAUUCAUCAGGUCUAGCAGCACCUGUGGAGAGAGAAACAGAGUUAAUGUUUUGAAUAUGGUUUGGACAGUUCUGAAGAAGAGGCAUACCAAACUCCAAACAUUAACUCUAUUUCUCUCUUCGCAGAUGCUGCCAGACCUGCUGAGUUUCUGCAGCAUUUUGUGUGUUAUUUGAUAUCCUACAUCUGUUGUAUUUUGCCUUUAUACAUAAUUUUAAAUAUUUUGUUUUAAAGUACUAUUUACUAGCUCUGAAUUGAAUAUAAGUCUGUCUAAUUGGAACAACAAUACUGCAUGAUAAAAACAUAAAAAUACAAAUCUCAAAGUAAAGAUCUUUUAAACACUUUUGGAUUUAAUUCUUAUAAAAAAGUGAACUACUUACAUGUUAUUCCAAAGAACUUGCUUGGACCUGUUGCCUCCUAUUUCAAGCAAACAGGAUUAAGGUUUCAUGAAAACAGACAAAAAGGGAUGGGUGAUAUUUGCAACUUAAGUCAAGUCUCUGCUCCCUUCCUUCACCAGGAUAUUAAAUCUGAAAAAUUGAAGACACUCUGUUCUAUAUGUACUGUUUCUGCAUUUCGCUUAAGUACUUUGCAGCCUGGGUGUUGGUGCUAACAUUGAAGUGCAUUUCCCCAAUAUGAUGUAAAAAUUAAGGCACAAUAGUUUGGGGGAUUUCAAAAAAAACCGUGUAGGAGACUUCUUCUGAAAAAAAAUCUGGCAAAAAUAAAUAACUAUAGCAAUCGCUGUGGGAGUAUGUUUCAGGCAUGGCAGCUCAGUGUUAUUUGAUUUGUUAUGGCUCUGUAAUGUGAGGGGAAACAUAAAGCGGUCUUGAAAAUAAACCACCCGCCUUGCAGACUAAUUUGUACACUGUAUAGUUUUGUUAAGAACAAUUUAAAGUAAUUACCCUUUUUUGUAAUGCUAAUUUUUUUUAAAAUGAGUUAAUUGGGGGAAGAAAGAUUACACUGGCUUUUGAAAGACCAGUUUAUUAUGCCAUUUUUAAGAGGAAGAAAAUCCUGUCUGGAAGCUGGACUUGAGUUAAAACUCUCCAGUUACCUAAUUUAUAUAUUAAGAAGAAGUCAGUCCAUAUGGAAGUUUGUGUAUUCCUAUGCUUAAGAAGUGUAGGUUCCUAAUUUUUAAUCCAGUUUUAAGUGGAGAAAAAUUAUAUUUUAUGAAGGUUAUUUUGUUGUAUUAGUGUUGAAAAGGUUGGUUUUCAGAAACAUUUCAUAAUGUCAGGAGGAAUACUGUCUUUUUUUAAAGUGUGUAUGGACUCCAGUAAAUGUUUGUUUGAGUUUACGUGUUGGUAUUUAUGAUUUGAAUGAAAGUGCAAAAGGGCAUCAGCAACAAAUCCAGUACAGGUGUCUAAACCAGUGCAUAAGCUCAGACAGGAUUCCUGAUAAAUCUGGUACAGUGGUGGUACACACUGCACAGCUGGGGGAACCUAUCUAGGAACUCUUGGCUGUGGUCACUGACAUGGAUUUUGUUUAUGUUGCACUUGUACCUGCACCAUACAAAGAUUACAAAAUGAUAUCCCAUAUACAGUGUACUGUAUUCUGUUUUUGAAAAGACAAUGCAAUGUUGUUGGCAGUUAGGUCCCAAGAAGGAUAGCAGACAUGGUUUACAUUUUUCCAAUAAAGUCUGCUGCUGGACAUAACCAACUGUGUGCUUAGCAGAUCUUCAGUUUUGAAAUUAAAAUUUGACCUGCUUUUGUUAAAGACGUAGUGCAUGGAAAUAGAAAAUAGAAAGGUGCCAUGAGAGAAGAAGAGGGAUGUUGUUGAAGUCUUUUCAAUAUUUGCUCCUUUUUAUUUAAAAAAAAGUUCAUUGCUUCCCAAGCUUCUUCCCACUGUAACUCCUUUGUGAAGCUUGAAAAGUAUUCUGAUAGCCUCAACAAAAAGAAACGAUGGUUGGGGAGGGAAGAGAAAAUCAUUUAAAGCCCGGAGGUGGGCUACAAAGCUCCACAGCAGUAAUUGCUGACUCCCAACCCCAUUUGAGCUUCUUGGCCCCUACUUUUGGAAGUCGAAGUUAAUGAAUUCCAUACACAUCUUCCCAUCAAAUUAGUUCUUGAGAUUUAUGCUCUCUGUCAGUAUGCAGUUGGUGACUAAGCAGACUUCACUGGAAUAUGCACCAGGACAGACUACAUCGUCGGUUUAAUAAUUAAAAGAAAGCCCAUACUAUAGAUAAUGAUUUCUUUUGACCUGUAUAUGACAAUUGAAUUCAUUCUCUCUCAUUGAGCAGGGUUUGAUGCCAAUGUCACAGUAGCAACUUCUUGCAGUGUUUCCAUCCCAAAGUACUUUUGCCACAUUGUUAAUAGUUGAGGACGACAUGUUGAAAAGGGUCAAUUUUCACCUUUGUGUUGCAAUUUUUUUCUUACAGAAUGCAUUUAAUAUACAGAUAAAAGAAAAAAAAUGUUGCUCUUGGUAUCAGUCUCUGGAAAUACCUGUGUUUUAAGAUUUUACUGUAUAUUUAAAUUUGUAAAAAUGGUCUCAGUGUCAGUGGUGAUACCUCCCCAAAAGAUGUCUAACAAUGAUCAAUGCAGUAUUUUCUAAAUCCAACCAAGACUGAGUUAGGGUCAGUUAAUUUUUUUCUCAUUAUAGACAAUACAUGAGUUUUUUUUAUGGUAGUUUUAAAUAACUACGAUGGUCCUUCAGGUUGCUUGACUGAAUGGACUGGUUUAUGAUGCAAAAUACAUUAGAAUAACAGUAAUAAUAAACUCCACUAUAAAAUAUUGGCCUAUAAUACAUUUCAAAGUGUUGAUUAAUCACAGCAUUUACUUUUGCUCCAGGCAAUAUCUAGUUCUAAUAAAGACAAAAUCUGCUAGAAGCACCUAGCAUCUGUGACAGAAUAUUAAAAGGUAAUGUUUCAGGUAUAGCUCUUUGUCUGAAGUCUGAGUAAGAUUUAUAUCUGAAACAGCCCUUUGCUAAUGUUUAAGAAGGGGUAAGCCUAAAGUGGUGCAUUGAUUGACCUUGGAUUAUCUCCUAAGUAGCUCAGCAUUUUCAAUUUUUGUAGUUAGAUUUACAGUAUUUUUUGCUUUUAUUGUCUGCUUGUGAUGACUCAUCAUUAGGUUCUAAAUUAAAUUUGCACACUGUUAAUCCACUGAUAAUGCCUUGAAAAUCUUUUUUAAAAACUCAAAAAGGCAGUGUUCUUGUUUUAAGGACCCCUUUCUUGGAAUGUUGUUAACAAAAGCAAAAUAUAAUGCAAAGUAUGUGGUUUUGCGAUUUUCCAAAUUCUUGUGUAGACGUUACAUCAAAAUAUGUUUUUUCAGAUGCAGCACUAUUGGGUGGGAUCUUACAAGGGUGACAAGUGUAAUUCAACAGACUCUAUGAAUGAGUAUAACACACCUAGGGAUACUAGAUAGAACACAACCUAUCACAAAGUAAUUUUUUCUCCUCCAGAAUUGUCCACAUCAAAUUUCCACAUCUCUUUUUCCUCCUAAACUCACAGGGAUAACUAGUCAGCAUUAAAGCACAAAUGUGUGAAAAUACUACUCUUGUGCUGUUUGAUUUAGACUGAAAAGUUCAAGCAAACUGUAUGAUAUGUGCUGUCCACUGCAAUGAAACUAGACAUUUCCAACAAAGUCAGAGCUGUGCAGGGUCUUUGUGUUUAAGAGGCAGCCGUCAGGUCCCCUGACACUGAAACCACUUUCAUCAUGAACUGUUGUAUUUCUAAAGAAAUAGCAUGAUGCAUUUUUAUUAUCAAAACUUGCUGCAGGGACUGAUGUGUAUUAUCAACUGAAGGAAUGUUGUUACAGCCAUGGUCGCUACAGUAAUGUAUGUUCCAUAAAUGGAGGCCAUGGGAUGUUACCUUGAGUUAUGUUAAUGCAAAAGAAGGAUUCAGCAACAAAAAAAACCAGCAUACGUUUACCAAAAAUGUCAAAGCAGUGCCUGUUUAAUCUUGCAGUCUCUGUUCAGUUGUAAAUCUGUUCAUUCAGACAACUUGAUUUCUGCAAAGCUGAUCCAACUUGCAGAAUAUGAGGGUAAUUUCUGCUCAGCUGUCAGCUUCCUAGAGCUUGUUUACAUGCUCCAUAUUCACAGAGGCUGUUACACACAUAUGUAAAUAAUGCAUUAAUGCGUGUAACAUCCUGAAAUUCCUUAAGUCUUGACACUGCGCAUUGUACAGAUAGUCUUUUCAUUGUGGUUGUGCCUCCCAGUCAAUCUGUGAAGAGCUUUUUCCAGAUGGGAAUUCUGAGAGGAUUCUUACAAUGUAUUGUAAGAACUUUUUGAGAUAUUUCUCUUGAGAUCAACUUUUGUAGGACUGUGUGUUUCCAUAGAUACAUGAUACUACUUUAGUACAAUAGUAGGUAACAAGUAGUCAGUAAGUGCUUGCUAGCCACACACCAGGGUUGUUCCAUUUUGAAACUGGAGUUUUUCGUCCCAUAGACACAGCUAUUCUGUCCAAAACGAAAAAGAUAGAAAGGCUAUUGUUAUCACUGCAGAUGACACUGUGUUCUGUUUCCAAUUUGGAUGCAAUUCUAGGAUGGUUCGAUGCUGUUGAGAUCAGUGCAAAUGAUCAACCCAUUAUGGGUCGAAACCUUCACAAGUUUCAAACUGGUGUAAAUUCAGCUUGACUUCUGUGAUUGUAACUGUUAUAUCCAGCCUAUACUGCUAGCAGCUGCUCAUACUGCAGUCAAAUACUGGAAGUGGAUAUGUUUCCUAUGCAAAUAAAGAAAAAAAACAGUUUAAAAAUAAAA